CAGUACAAAGUCCUAUAUUUCCAUCACGUGAGUGAGGCGGUUAGAACCUAAAUUUUGUACCAUUCGAGAAGGAUAGUAUCCAAACAACUGCACGGUGAUAUUUUUUCUUACGCAAAGAGAAUUUAAGGAAAAUUUUUUUUAGCAGCCUAAUUUAUGGGGAAGACAAUCCCGACAAUAUAAUGAUGUUUUGGUUUUCUUGCAUCGAUUAGGCACCCUAACUCAAAACAUGCCUCCCCUUGAGGUGAAUUAUUUCAGCUGCCUGAAACUUGCAAAUGAGGAAUAUUCCCUUGCUAAGUGGCUUGCAGAGAGAUAUUGUCAGCGCAAAGGACACUGACGAAAAUCGGAGGCUUCGCAAGAUUAGCGAUUGCCGUUUUAAUCGAGUUUGGUUAUCGGUGGGUUUCUCAAAAUGGCGGACACAAACGGGAGUCUGGAGAAAAUUGACUUGGGUGACUACGAUUCUCUACCUCUUCUCUUUUGUCACUUAAAACGAAUCCUUACAGACAAUGCAGAAUAUUUUGAACAGUACACAAGCAAGGAAGUUUAUAAAAAGCUCUACGAUGGUUUUAAACUGAUGCUAUCAACCAUAGAUUCUUUGGAAAAAGGAGCAAUUUUGCUCGCGAAGGCAGCACCCUUAUACGACUACAGUAAAGAUAUCAAGGGAAAUGGCUAUAGGAGUUUACUAAGGCUUGUUGAACAUUGCCUUCAUUCUGUUACAGAGCUAUCUAUCUAUUGCCAAACUCAUCGAGAUAGAUUUUAUUUUCGAUCUCACCACUACAGCUUGGAAGUCGAAGCUUUCUCCAAUGUUUUUCAAAGGACAAGUCAAUUGUUACAAUUUGCUAAGAUUGUGGUUGAAGACAGUGUGCCAGACAACUUAUUCCCUGAGAACUUUGACUCUAAAGUCAUGUUGGAAGUUGAGCAGUUGGAUAGAGAGUGCUUUUAUGGCAGAACUUUGGGUUUUCAGUUCUCUAGCAGUUUGCGGCAUUUCUUACAAGUUGUCUGUGUGGCAAUGGCAUCAUUUGCUGAAGGUUAUCAUCAUCACAAGCUGAGCAGCAUGGCAUGUGCAACAGUAUCUUUCUUAAACAGUGGGAAGUACACCGUGAAUCCUGAGAUGAGAGCCAAGGUGAUUGUGGAUGUGACACAGAAAACUAACAUGGAAUUCUGUAAAGCUUUCUGGAGUUUGACAGAAGGUUAUGGACUUCAGCAUGUGCCCUUGCUUGUUUGUUCUGCAAUGAAAGUGAACAGAGUGUUCUAUAUUCCUCCGGAGUCAUUUGAACUUCAGUUGUCGAAUGGGAAGUCUGUGAGUAUUGCUCCACCCUGUUCUUGGUCUGGUCUGGCUCCAGUUCAAGUGCGACUUUUGUCAUAUGAAUGGAGGGAAGGGCAGAGUAGAGAUGGAAGUGACAGUCUCUCGCACCAUGGCCGAUCACCAAAGCCCAAAAGUGAUGGCAUGAUACUUCAUGUGCAUGGUGGAGGCUUUGUCGCCCAGUCAUCAAAAUCACAUGAGUUACUUUUAGGUGGCAAUUUGUGUGUAUCACUGAGCAUGCGUGCAGCAGAGGUUGGCAUCCGUACACCAGACUCCAUUCUAGCUGCCUAUGCACCUUUCAAUGUACAGUGGGUACCCUCUCCCUCCCGUCUGCUGAGCCUUAUGGACCCACUACUUCCUACAGGGUUGUUAGGUGCUUGCCUGGCGGCCUACUCAGGUAUGGACAAGUCACCCUUUGAUGACUGCACUACAAAUUCAAUAAAAUCUUUAACAGGUAAAACUACCCAGCCAUUGAGUGUUGUGAAAAGGAGGAAGACAAACUCUCUCUUGAGAUUACUAAGAGUUGGCUCUAAGGAGGCUAAACUUGCCAGGAGUGGUAGCCACUCAGAAGUCCUUUCGCCAUCAGGGCCAGAGAGUUUCCAUAGUUGUUUAAGCUCGCCGCAGUUUGAAGAUACAGAGACUAUCAACAACAUGGCAAGCGCAAACACUGAGAAAGCCGCUGGUCAUCACUGCACUAGUGUGGUGCAUUCAUCAGAGGAACAUCUAGAGGAUAGUGUCUCGGACCAAGAAAAGGAUUCUGAAAUAAGUAGCUCUUCAUCUCGUCACCCACACUCCAGAAGACAUUCCCAAGACACCACGCCCAGUAGACCCAUAACUCCUCAGAGAAGCAAAAAUGGCGGAGGAGACGAGAUGGAACAUAUAGGAGUUCACUACCAUAGGGACAUUGAAGAGUGCCACGUGGUGAACGUGGUAGAAUCUCCUGAGAGCCCAAGUGGAGAGCUUCUUUUGCUUCCUCUUGAAAUAUCUCAAGAUGAGCCAUACGAAGAGGUUGGCACAUCGCCAGAUGAGGACGAGUAGGUGGGACAUGAUGAUGAGUCUCAUUUAACGAGCCAGUCUAUGUCUCAAGUGCGUAUUCCUAUCACCAAGAACCCGUAUAUGUCUCCACUCCUGGCGCCUGAUGGAAUGUUGAAGAGUUUACCACCAAUUGAUCUUGUGGCCUGCACUUUGGACCCCAUACUGGACGACUCAGUUGAAUUUGCCCGCCGGCUACGUUCCCUUGGGAAAGACGUGGAACUGUACAUUCUGGAGGAUUUACCCCACGGAUUUCUGAGCUUCCAUUUGGCCAGUCAGGAAGCGAGAGAAGGAAAUGAACUCUGUGUUGUGUGCUUAAAGCGAACAUUAUCGGGGAAAAGAUUGGUGGGCAACACGGAGAAAGCUCCUGUGUACUGCACUUUGGACCCCAUACUGGACGACUCAGUUGAAUUUGCCCGCCGGCUACGUUCCCUUGGGAAAGACGUGGAACUGUACAUUCUGGAGGAUUUACCCCACGGAUUUCUGAGCUUCCAUUUGGCCAGUCAGGAAGCGAGAGAAGGAAAUGAACUCUGUGUUGUGUGCUUAAAGCGAACAUUAUCGGGGAAAAGAUUGGUGGGCAACACGGAGAAAGCUCCUGUGUACUGAGGGCCUGGUACACCGUCACGCCAUGCUCUCGCAAAAAUAUCACGUUACUAUACGUUCUUCUACUUUCUAUCCCUAGCUUUGGACCAUUGAAUUCCAAUUCCAAUUAUUUUCUUUUACAAGCUAUUUAGGUCUAUUUACAAUUAUGAAAUAACAGUUCGAAUGGUUUCCUACACUGUCACGUAAAUGGUGCGUUUUCUCUCGUGCCCUGUCAAUUUCUGUCACUAGCUACAGGCAAUUCGAUAAAAAUUGGAAUGAUUUCGUGAUGGUCACGCAGCUCUGUCACGAAAAUGUUGCGUUGCACAAUUUGAAUGGAAUCAAAUUAGUUUACCUCGAUAGCUUUGCAAUUUCUACAAACCUCGCAGGCGAGGAAGAUGGAUGUUUUUGUCGGUUACAUCCAAAAAUGAAGCAUAGGAAGAAUAUUUUUGGUGUAUUUGUUACAUUCUGAAUUGAAAAUAAUGUGCUAUUCCUCUCUAAAACUUUCAAAGAGAGGGUAACUGAUAUUUGAACUACAGUAAGAGGGAAUUUUGUUGGUUAUAACGGUGGAAAACAUGCGAUAUCCAGUCGCGUCGCUUAUUUGAUAUAAAUGCGAAAUCUAGUCAAUGAAAUUUGUUACAGGCCGUAAAAUUCUAUUAAAAUAAGAAUGUAUAUGGAUAACUAGAAAUAAUGUGCUGGAUCAAAAGUUGACAAAAAUGUAAAAAAUACAAUUAGGAUAUUAAAAUUGAAGCUGUUAAAAAAAAAGUG